CUCAGCACCAGUUUUAUGAUUUCAGUUUUAGGAAUUAAACGUGGUCCGUAUCUCCAAGUCUCUGUAUGACCUCAUCGUGCAUACAAGCGCGGCUUUUUUUAAGCUGGGGUUUUGCCUUGCGGAAAAUUGCGCCAAAGUCAUUGAUGGUGACACAAAUUCUCGAUACAUUCUUAACCAUACAUCAAUCCAUAUCGAAAAUCCCUCAUAGCUAUGUCCUGUCAUUCGCACUCGCAUUCGCACGACGAUCACUCGCACGUGCCUCCGAUCCCCACCAGUGCCACGCAAUCGCUCAAGUCUCAGAUGGACCUCGCCAAUGUGCGAGCGCUCAACAUGGCGAACCCGCCAACGGAUUUGCCGUUGAUAUUCCGUGACUACGACGUGCGGAAAGAGGUUACACCAUGUGUGGAGAGCGACUGUGACGAGCAGCUCAUCUUCAACAUCCCCUUCACCGCCAACGUGAAGCUCUACUCGGUGAUCCUCCGCACGUCCGGGGACGGCUCGUGCCCCCAUACCAUCAAGUUGUUCAAAAACAACGCCAUGGUGGACUUUGAUAACGUGGAGGGGACCAAGGCGACGUUCACAACCACCCAGCCUCAGGUGGGGUACGUCGCGGGGCAGAUCGAGGGACAGACUGAAGGUCAGUUCGUGGAGCACUUCUUGCCCCGUCACUUGUUUACCAACGUCCAGCACUUGACGUUGUUUGUGGAAGAUAUCUACGACAACGAUGAGUUUGACACGCUGAAGGUGUACUACGUGGAGUUGCGCGGUGAAUACACCCCGUUCACCAGAGACCCCGUGAUCACCAUGUACGAGGCCGCCGCAAACCCUGCCGACCACAAGAACAUGUUGGCGGAGGAAUCUGGAGCGAGCCAGCUCAACUAAGGAACCUCAGCGGAAGCAUCUAAGAUGGUUAUGAAUCAUUCACUUAUUUAGGUUAUGGCAGCUUUAAGCCCCACCCGGUAUGCUGGUGGCAGGCGAUAGUCGACCUCCUAGUGCCUGAGCUUUGAGUGACUUACGUAUACGGUCAGGCCUUGCCAGCUUCAAAGGUGGUGUCCAAACACUAGCACUGCUUUGUUUCAAAUCUAGGUACGUGCUGUACUGUUCUAAUGCAGUUAAUGUUUACAUAUUUCAACCGCAACCAGUAGGUUUACGUUACUUGCCAUGGUUGGUCGUAUAUCCCAAAUUACGUUACUGGUAGCUGUCCUUGGUGAGGAGAGACAUACUAGCAUUAGUACAAGUUUCCGUAUCCCACCACUUUGGCUAU